AUGAUACAAUAUGACCAUUCUUCAGAUGUGAGUGUGGCUCGGAUGAUAUUUGUAGAUUUGAUUCAAUGGUCAGAGUAUGACCAAGAAGAUUCACACAUUUUCAAGUUUUAUAAAAAGAUGUCUUCUCGGAGAUGUUCUUUUUCAUUUGAAUUUAAACCAGUGGGACAAUUGUUACAGGAAGAUGAAUAUUCGUCGUUUUCAAUGCAUAAUAAUAAUUUUAUGAAUAAUCAUGAUGAUGAAAACAAUUUUCCUCAUUUUCGUGGGCCUUCUGAUAUCAAAAUUUGUCAUAAUCACUCUCUGAUUAUUGUGAGCGAUUCCGAGAAUAAGCGAUUGAUCUUUUUUGACUUGCAUUUUAAAACGUAUAAAUUUAGCAUGCGGUUACAGACAAAUCCUCCUUGUUGUUUCGAUAUUGAGGAGAAUUUUAAUGGAAACGAUUCAAUCAUUAUGGCCUCUGUGAAUCAUUGUGUUUACAAAUAUCAUUUGAAGCAUGUACAUACGUCUUUGAAGAAUGUUCCUAACACAUCUCCUUUUGAAAAUAAGAGUGCCAUUUUAUUCAAGAAAGGCCAGCAUGGAUUUGUGGGACAUUAUUUUAGAAAAUUAUUGGGCGGACCCAAUACUUUGUAUCCACUGAAAAAAGACGACUCCUUAAUAUUUGUCUUGGAUGAUGGGAAUGGCAGAAUUCGAAUACUGAACUCAAGAGAUGGAAUGAUAUUAAGAAGCAUUUCAUUGAUGGACAAUAUUUCAGUCAAUUUUGAUCGAGUGAGCUUAACUUUUUCAAAUGAAAGAUGUAUUGUGAGUGGUCGAAAUCAAUUUUUAAUGGCCAUUGAAUUGGAUGAUUCUUUCUUUACCUCUGUGAACAGUAUUAAGCAAUCUAUGGAUACGAUGAGCCCAGUUUCGGCCAUGUGUGAAAUGAAAAACUCUCAAAUUAUCUUGCUACGAGAAUAUAAUGAUACCAAUCGUUUGACACAAAUGGAUACCACACAUUGCGAAAUCAUUGCUGACAAGCACUUUAAACCUUGGAACUGGUCACAUUCGGUUCGUGCCAUGUGUUUCAACGAGUUCACAGGAGAAUUAUUCAUUCUCACCAACAAGAAUGUUGAUAUUUACAAAUAA